AUGGGAGCGAGCGGCUCGGGGAAAACCACGCUCCUCGACGUCCUCUCGGACCGCAUCUCUUCGCGCAACCUCACUGGGGAGAUCUCCUUGAACGGCGCUCCGGUGAAAGGCGAAACGAUCCGACGGCUGUCGGCGUACGUGAUGCAAGACGACCUCAUGUUUCCCGCGCUGACGGUCCGCGAGACGCUCAUGUACGCCGCGGAGUUGCGGCUUCCGCCGACGGUUAGCCACGCGGAGAAGGCGGAGAAGGUAAGCCGCCUCAUCCGCCUGCUGGGCCUUACCAAAGUGGAAAACUCCAAAAUCGGCGAUGAAAACAGCCGCGGAAUCUCCGGCGGCGAGAGGAAGCGCGUUGCGAUUGGCGUGGAAAUGAUAGGCGAUUCUAAGAUUCUGUUUCUGGAUGAACCCACGUCGGGGCUGGACUCUACCAGUGCGUUCCGAGUCGUGAAGGUGAUUAAGAGAAUCGCGGUGCGGACGGGGAGCAUUGUGGUGAUGGUUCUGCACCAGCCGAGCUUUCGCCUUCUGGGCCUUUUGGAUCGGCUGCUGCUGCUCGGCGCGGGUCGGAUGUUGUUUUUCGGGCAGCCCGCGCAGCUGCCCGAGUUCUUGUCCGCGUUCGGCUGCCCGCCGCCGCCGUUCGCGAACCCGACGGAAUUCGCUUUGGAUGUGAUUCAACGGCUGGGUCACGAGGCGGAGGGAGGCGCUAAGCGCGGCGAAGACGUGGACGAUGAGGAUGACGACGAGGAGGAAUAUGACGUGGAUGGUACCGAGAUUAUAAAGUGCCACGUGGCGGGGGAAGCUGCUGCGAAUAAUACAAAUGCGUCUGAACAUCUGGCCAGGCAACCGUCCGGCGAUUGCUGCGACGGGGAUACGGAGACGGAAGCCGAGAUGAAGACGGAAAACCUGACGGACAAGAGAGACGGAAUUCAACGGCUGGCCGCCUUCUUUACCGUCUGGUCACAAGGAGGCUCCAGCGGCGGUGGCGAUUCGUCCCGCGGCAGUAGCGAGGGCGGCGGGAGCUUUUCCAUCCCUCCGAGUAGCCCCUCCACGUGCUUCAGCCCGGAUCAGGCUGCAGUGGCGGCAGCGACUGCAGCGGCUGUAGCUGCUACAACUGCGGCUGCAGCGGCCGCAGCGGCGGCUGCAGCGGCCGCGGCGAACGGGAAUGAAAUGGUCACUAUCCCUACAGGCGCCUCAUCAGGUGUUACUUCAGGUGAUUCGCCGGAUGUUCGAGUGGCGGAAACUAACAGCGGCGGCGGCGGCGGCGGUGGUGCCAGCGCGCAGAUGGGGUUCCUCGGGGAGCGCCAAAGCGCGGGUGCGGCGCAGCUACAGCCUCUCGAGGAGCGCAAUUGCGCGGGCGCGGGCGCGCAGACAGAGCACUGUGGCGAGCGCAAGUACGCGAACGGGUGGUGGCGGGAGCUGCGCGUGCUGCUGAGCCGGUCCGUGCGCGUUAUCGCGCGCACCCCCGCGCUGUACCUGCUGCGCCUGCUGCUCAUCAUGGUCACGGGGCUGCUCAUCGCGUCGCUCUUCUGGCGCCCGCCCUUCAAUGCUGAGGGGCUGCACGAGCGGCUGGCGUUCAUCUCGUUCCUCGUGUGCACGCUCUUCUUCUCCUCCGCCGACGCCACGCCGCUCUUCAUCCAGGAGCGCAACAUAUUCAUCCGGGAAACAUCGCAGCACGCGUACAGGCCGUCCACAUACAUGGUGGCAUCGACUCUCGUGUACCUGCCUCUGCACGUGCUUAUGGCCCUCGCUAUCACUGCCGAGUCGUGGUGGUGUGUCAACCUGUCCGGUGGGGGGAGCUCGUUUGGCUUUGUGGUGCUUGUCUGCUUCUGCUGCCUCUUCACGGGGAAUGCCUACGCUACGUUCGUCAGUGCAGCUGUCAACAAUGUCAUCCUCGCCUACGCCAUUGUCAUCUCCACAAUGGCCAACUUCGCCCUCGUCUGCGGCUUCUACAUCCAGCGGCAGAGCAUCCCACCGUUCUGGAUCUGGCUGCACUACCUCUCGCCCAUCAAGUACGCCUACGAGGCAGUCACCCUCAAUGAGUUCGCCGCAGCCGGCCCCUCCACCUGCUACCAGCCCGCGGGGGAUCUCUUCACCGCCACGCCUCUCUCCGUGCUCCUCUCACCUGCUCAGGUGAAUCAGUCGCUAGCCGUGCUUCGCCCGGGGUUGGCUCGGACGCCGUUUGCGGAUUUGUCGGUGGGGACAUGCUUGCAGACGGGGCCGCAGCUGCUGGUGUAUUCGCUGGGGUUGACGCAGAUGAGCAAGUGGGAGUGUGUGGCGGUGCUGGUUGGGAUGGGGCAUUGGAGGGGUGCUUGCUGGUCUGGGGAUUCAUGUGAUGCGUUGAAGCGGAGAUCUGGGGAGGGAACACUCAAGCUGAGGUGCAUCGCACUUGAUGAUGGAGGUGUUGGCAGUAUCCUACGAUCACAUGCGGGUGCAAGCAGUAAGGCGUUGCCAUGGAGGCCAGGUGAUUGA